UACAAUUUAAGCAAAAAGUCUAUAGUACUUUUUUAAUAGAUUUGAUAGUAGUACAUGUGUAACUUUGAUGUGUGCCAUCAUGAAAAGAGCUGAUCUUACCAUUUUUUUUAUUCAUUUGAUAUUUUUUAGUCGGCACUUUGGCUUUGCUUAUGCAUUUCUCAAAUUUUCCAAAGACGUCGAAUUGAGCGGGUAUACUUGUCCGUCUGAGCACGUCGUUUUCCGUAAUGGGAACGGAAUAAGCUUAUCACAAUGUUUUUUUUUGUGUGUAGAAAGUGGCAAUUGUUACGGAUUUUUUCAUCAAGACGCUGGACAAUGUAUCGGCUGUGGAGAUAUGUUUCCGAAGAGCUCCAGCUAUCCAACAUCCUCUGACACGCUUUUCUAUAGAGCUCCUUGGGAAGAUAUUAUUUCAAAAUAUGUCUACGUACCAGAAGGAAUGACAUGGCAUCAGGCACAGGACAAUUGCAAAGCUAAAGGGGGAUCGUUGGUGGAGUUUGGUUCAAAUGAAGAAAGGGAGCUUGUGGAAACGAACAUCUUACAGGGUUUUGGUCAUGGUGCAGGGGUAUGGAUAGGUGCAUAUGAUGACAAUAUGGACGAGAUUUUUCUCUGGUCUGACGGUACCGUUGUCAAUGACAUUUUCAUAAAAUGGGGACCUACUGAUCCAGACCUUCACGAUCAUACUGAACAUUGUGUAUUAUUUGCAAACACAAAUGGUAUCUGGGCUUCGCAUGAUGUUUUGUGUAGUAGAGCUCCAUCAAGCGUAUGCCAACUGGACUAAUAAACUAGUUGACAUUACGGACAUUUAUUCAUUUUUAACUUGCUUGACAUUAUUGUUGAUGUAAAAAGAUAAAAGAUAACAAUUGUGUGUCAGAGUAAUACCAUCUCCUUUAAUGCUGUAGAUUGAACCUCUGUAUAAAACAUUCAUAGAAUAUUCAAUUUGAUAGAUUUGUCUAGAAUCGAAGCAGAUUAAGGCAUAGACAUGAAUAUGAAUUGACCUAUAAAGGAUGAAACCACUUCUCAAAAAAAAAAAAUAGAUAAAAAUGCAUGGAUUGAAUUUUGUUGUAGAUAUUGUCUUACAUUCUUUCAGCAUCCAACACUUUUUGAACUCCUAAAACAUAUAUCCGUAGUUUUAUAAUGAUGAUGAAUUUUCGUUUACUAAUGCUCUAAUUCAUGUGCACUGGCUUGCGUCAAUUUGUACAACACCAAUAAAUACCCUUC